GCGUGCCAGGGUCCAGGGAGCCCUAGAGCUAGGAAAAUGGAGAGAGGCCCAGAUCCAGGUGUGCCUCGGGGUCUCCCUCAGUCAGAGGCCACGAGCACAAGAGCCACCCCUAGGACUCCAUCUCCCAUCAGCAGCCAGGGAUGCUGGGAGCUGCAGGCCAAUAAGACCCCUACCCUCCCUCCCUUCAAGGAAGUCAGGGAUGCCCCACCAAAAGAGGUCCCUCCGAGCCUGGAAUGAAAGCUCUCCCUGAGACUGCAAGGCCCAUCAGCCCCUGCUGCAAGCCCGCCUGAUGGGAGCUGCAGUCCCAAACGUCGUCCCGCCCUCGGGGCUUAAAGCGCAGCCGCAGCAGCAGCCUUCAUCUUCCUCCUCCUCCCCCCUGAAAGGUGGAUCGGGCCCCCUUUGUCUCCUCUGCCUCUAAGGAAGGAAGGUAGAGCAGGCAGGGAAGAAAGAGAGAAGGGAGGGAAAGCAGGGGAGAAGGAAGGAAGGACGGAAGGAAGGAAGGGCUGCAGGUAGAGGGAGGACCAGAGCCAUUGGAGGAGCAGGGCCUGAAAGACCUCCUCCAUCCCUCCUCCCUGCCUCCCUUCUGCGCUCCCGUCUUCCUCCUCCUCCUCCUCCUCCUUCAUCCCAGGCAAGGCUCCGCGGAGGAAGGAGGGAGGAAGGCCUCUCAGGCGAGGAAGAAGAGGAAAAGGAAGAGGAAGGCCCCGUGACCCCUUCGCCUUGUCCUUCUCCCCCUUUUCUCCUCCUCGUCUUCCCUUUCUCUUCUGCUCCUUCUCUUCCUCCUCUUUGUCCCCUUUUCCUCUUUGCUGUCUCUCCUCCUCCUUCCUUUCUCUUCUUCUUUCCUUUCUCCCUCCCUCCUGCACUCCCUUCUUCUUCUUCCUCUUCCCAGAAAGGUUCUGCAGAGGCCCCAGAGAAGGCCAGACAGGCCUUCCUCUUUGCCUCCUCCUCCUCCUCCUCCUCCAUCCCCUUCCCCCUUUCUCUUCCUCCCGCUUCCCUUUCUCCUGUUGCUCUUCUUUUUCUCCUAUUUCUCCCCUUCGUUCCCUUCUUCCUCCUCCUCUCCCUCUCCUCCUUCCCUUCUUCUUUUCCUCUCUUCCUCCCUCUUUCCCUCCUUCCCCGGGGGCCAUGGCUUCUCCCCGUCCUCCUUCCCCGCCAGCCUCCCCUCCUUUGCCUCCUUUCUGGGGCUGCAGCCUGAAGGAGGAGCUGCUCUGCCCGAUCUGCCUGGGCCUCUUCCAGGAGCCGGUCAGCUUCGGCUGUGAGCACUACUUCUGCCGCCGCUGCAUCGCGGAGCACUGGAGCCGGCAGGAGGCGGCCAAGGCCCCUGCCAGGGACUGCCCCGAGUGCCGCAGGGCUUUCCCCGGGGCCCCGCCGGCCCUGGUCCCAGGCCUCAAGCUGGCCAACAUCGUCGAGAGGUACGCCGCCUUCCCCUUGGAUGCCAUCCUCCUCGGUGGCGGCAGCGGGGGUCCCAGUGGAGCCCACCUGCGCCGCCGAGGGGGCCUGCCUCCUUCUUCCUGCGCCAAGGAGCACGGUAAGGCCCAGCUCUUCUGCCUCCAGGACCGCGCCGUCGUCUGCUUCUUCUGCGACCAACCCGCCCGGCACCAGCAGCACCCCGUCACCAGCCUCGACGACGCCUUCGAGGAGAUCCAGCGGGAGCUCAAGGAGCAGCUCCAGACCUUGCAGGACAGCGAACGCGGACAUACAGAGGCCUUGGCCCUCCUCAAGCGCCAGCUGGCCGAGACGAAGUCCUCGGCCAAGGGCCUGCGUGCCACCAUCGGGGAAGCCUUUGACCGCCUCCACCGGCUCCUUCGGGAGCGCCAGAAGGCCAUGUUGGAAGAACUGGAAGCAGACACAGCCCGCACGUUGACAGACAUCGAGCAGAAGGUCCAGCGCUACAGCCAGCAGCUGCGCAAGGUCCAAGAGGGCAGCCAGAUCCUCCAGGAGCGGCUGGCCGAGGCGGACAAGCACACUUUCCUGGCGGGCAUUGCCUCCCUCUCGGAGACGCUGAAGGGGAAGAUCCACGAAACGAACCUGACCUACGAAGACUUUCCCACCUCCAAGUACAUGGGGCCUUUGCAGUACACCAUCUGGAAAUCGCUUUUCCAGGACAUCCACCCAGUGCCUGCCACGCUGACGCUGGACCCCGCCACGGCCCACCAGCGCCUCAUUCUGUCUGACGACUGCACCAUUGUGGCUUAUGGCAACCUCCACCCGCAGCCCCUCCAAGACUCCCCCAAGCGUUUUGACGUGGAGGUCUCCGUCCUGGGUUCGGAGGCCUUUGGCGGCGGCGUCCACUACUGGGAGGUGGUGGUCUCAGAGAAGACGCAGUGGAUGAUCGGCCUGGCCCACGAAGCCGUGACCCGCAAGGGCAGCAUCCAGAUCCAGCCCAGCCGCGGCUUCUACUGCAUCGUCAUGCACGACGGGAACCAGUACAGCGCUUGCACCGAGCCCUGGACCCGGCUGAACGUCAAGACCAAGCUGGAGAAAGUGGGCGUCUUCUUGGACUACGACAAAGGGCUGCUGAUCUUCUACAACGCCGACGACAUGUCCUGGCUCUACACCUUCCGGGAGAAGUUCCCCGGAAAGCUCUGCUCCUACUUCAGCCCGGGGCAGAGCCAUGCCAAUGGGAAGAAUGUCCAGCCUCUCCGGAUCAACGCCAUCCGUAUUUAAGGGCUUACAUGCAGACGAUGCCGUAACCAGCAAAACGUUGGCAUUUCCAAAAAGGAUCUGCUAAAGGUGGAAGGAGGAAAGGUUCAGUUGUCUUGAUGUCUUGGGGGAGGGUUGAAUGCAUGGGGUUCCUUAUGCGUACCCAAAGCAGAUCUGCAAGAAAGCUGGGGACCAGCAACGUUUUCUGGAUCAGACAUUAAUGGCGAACUGGGCUCGAUGGGUGGUUCCUCUUCUUUUGUUAGUGCUGCGAUGCACUUUAUGCGCAGCGCACUGACCAGCAUAGUGAGGGAUCGGAGCUCUUAAGUUUCCCUCUUGGCUUUUGGGGGUCUACGCAGUGCAGUUUUAGGAACAUUUGAUCUGGAGGAGUAAAUGGGAACAAGUUCUGAGUACUUGGGUAAAAAUGAGUGUUUAAUGUUUGUCAUGUGUCUGGGCUUCGGAGGCUUGGCGGGUGGGCAUAGCAAGCGGGAAGCAAGUGAACGGCAAAAUAAAGAGAACAUUUAAAUCCCAGGCCAUGGCUUGGGUGGGAGUUCCUUUUGCUUGCGGCGGGGAUGUUUUGUUGUUCUUAUUUAAAAAGAGGCAGUGUGGUACAGUGGUUCAGGUGUCAAGUUGGGCAGGCAGGAACUGGGUCCAGAUUUCCCCCAUUUGGCACAGCCAGGAAGAUGUGAAUUUCUAUCAUGCAACCUCACAGGGUUGUUGUGAGACCUCAUUCCACCAUACCUCAAGCAUUGUUGAGACUUCAUACUACCAUACCUCACAGGGUUGUUGUGAAGGGAAUGAAGAGGUUUAAGAGGGGAGACUAGAAGGAAGGAGAGGAGAGCAAUUACAGUGUACUCAUUAUAAUCCAAAGAAGCUGUUAUCCUGCAGAUCCAUCCAUCUAUUUGGGGAUUGGGAGAUGAUGCUGGGGUGCAGCUCCCAUCAGCCCCAGCCGUGAGGGAUGAUGGGAGUUGUAAUCUAGCAACAUCUGGGGGUUGAGAUGGGGGUCCAUGUUUACAUCUGUGUAAACCGUAGUAUGCCAUGAUACAAAUUAGCCACAAGAGGUCAUUGUUGAUGUAGUUAAGGCAAUGAAUGGGGCAUCUCCCAAAUUUCCUGCCAGACAUGUCUAUGGUAAUAAUAAUAAUAACAACAACAACAAGAGCAAUUAAAAAUGU